UUGAUAGAAUGGAGACGGCAGACAAAAAUAAUGUGGGUCAAUGUUAAUAAAAAGUUAAUGACACCGGAUUUUUGAUUCCUAUGAUUGUAUCGCACACCUGCCGCAUCAAAGGAGCAAAUUGGGGAUUCACAUUUGAAUGUUCUUGGUUUAUAACUUUCAUUUGAGUCACAUUGACCUUUUCAACUUCAUUCCUGCCUUCAAUUUGGCAGAAGUCCUUCCUCCUCCUCUGACUCUGGCACAGAAACAAUCAGCCGCUUCAAUGUUUUUUAUGGACUUGUAUAAUUAAGGCCCAAUGCUGUCAGAAAAAAAUGUAACUCAUUAUUGUAUUCGUUUAUAUCUACAAAGCUACAAAUGCAGUGUUGCUUGGGGUGGGAAAAGCUCAUAUUCAGGCUUUUAUUGAUUGAUAUCAAUGCUGUAUUCGAUUAGUUGAUUUGUUAACACUUAAAUGAAAACAAAAAAUAUACAUGAUGUGGGCAAGGCACAAUCAUUUGCAAUAUUAAUACACAGAAAGUGUGGCCACCCCUGAAGCACAGCAGGCACACACUUUUAUUUAUUUGAAAUUAUCCUAACAUGGUACAAUGCUUUUUAUCAUAAAUUGAAUUUAAAAAAAAAAAAAGCGAGGUGGAGCGGCUUAUGUUUGAUGUUGCCUUCCUGUCACCAGCGGUCUGAUAAGGGGGAUUCUGCACAUACCUGCUGCUGUAUAAAUGGCCAUUUGAUACACACACCUGCUCAGUCAGCGCAGCAGUAAGAUACUGUUCUAUACUAGCAGCCUGAUUUGAACAAGGAACAUAUCAAGAUGGAGACUUUACAAGGGAUGAUCAUCAUCCUCCUCUUGGCCCUCCCACAACGAGCGCUGUUGUUUAAAAACACCUCAGUACAUGCGGGCUCUGUAUUUGUGAAAGAGGCUCUUCGCAAGGCCAUCGAGCUGACUGACGGCGCCUACGCUCAGACAAGAGAACGGUCCGCAACAUCCAUGGCAAUAUUUCCCAUCUUCAGUCAUUUUAACAACAUGCCAUCGUUUAGGGUGAAGAAGUCUCUAUCCGAAGGCUCCCUGAGACCAACUGAUCUGCUGGUUCACUUCAAGCAGACUCAAAGCACAAGCAGGACUCACGUUCGGGCUGGCGAGCUGCUGGAUAACACGGUGGAACUGAUCCGAGAAAUGGUCUACACGCGCAGUACAAAGUUGGAACUAACGGACGGUUCAUUAGAGCUGCUGGGUGAAGCAGAUGUUGAAAAUCUACUUCAAGCCACUGGUUGCUUGGCUCAACGACGCACAUCCGGAUGUCCGACUGGCUGUGUGGCAGAACGUUACCGAUCCAUCACUGCCCACUGCAACAACAGAGAACAUCCCAGAUGGGGCUCUGCAAACAUUCCCUACUCUCGCUGGUUGCCUCCAGAAUAUGAAGACUCAUGGGGGACACCAAGAGGCUGGGAUUCAGACCACACCUACCAUAACUUUAGCCUGCCGCCAGUCCGACUGGUGUCUCAGGAGGUUCUCUUCACUCACAAUGACAACAUCUCUCUGGACUCCACUUUGUCCCACCUGCUGGUCGAGUGGGGACAGUGGAUUGACCACGACUUGGUGCUGACCCCCCAGAGCCCCAGCACGGUGGCUUUUCGGACGGGGGCGGACUGCACCCGGACCUGUAGCCGGGAUUCGCCAUGCUUCCCCAUCGAGAUUCCACCAUCUGAUCCACGGUAUGGCCUUCAGAGUUGCAUGCCCUUUUUGCGCUCUGCUCCAAGCUGUUUGGAUGGAGCUGGGCGCCCGUUGCACCGUGAGCAGCUCAACGCCAUCACCUCUUUUGUGGACGCCAGCAUGGUGUACGGGAGCUCCGAUAGCCAAGCUCUGGAGCUACGCGACCGCUCCUCGCUGCUCGGCUUGAUGGCUUGUAACUCGCAGCACUCGGACGGGGAGCUGGCCUACCUGCCCUUCUUGCCUCGUCCGCAGGAUCACUUGGAUCCCUGUGGCCCGAGAGAAGGCUCCAGACAACGGGACAAUGCCACGUCCUGCUUCCAAGCUGGUGAUUCAAGAGCCAAUGAGCAUCUCGGCAUGGUGGUCCUACACACGCUCUUCCUGCGAGAACAUAACCGUCUGGUCAAAGAGCUUCAUGACCUAAACCCCCACUGGAGUCCCAACACCCUCUACCAGGAGGCCCGGAAGAUCAUAGGAGCCAUCCACCAGAUCCUAACGUGGGAGCACUACCUUCCUCGAGUCCUCGGAGAGACGGCCAUGUCCAAGCAGAUGCCUCCCUACCAGGCUUAUGACCCUAACGUGGAUCCCAGCAUCGCCAACGUCUUUGCCACAGCCGCUUUUCGUUUUGCUCACGUCACUGUGCAGCCCAUCGUGACCAGGCUCGGGCCAGGGUACGCCGCAAACUCCCAGCAUCCCUCGCUCCCUCUGCAUCAUUCUUUGUUCGCCUCGUGGAGGGUCGUCCAGGAGGGCGGUAUCGACCCAGUACUACGUGGCCUCUUGCUGUCUCCUGCUAAGCUCCAGACUCCUGGUCAGAUGAUGGUGGAGGAACUGACAGAGCGUCUUUUUCAGGCGCAAGGUGGAUUGCCACUGGACCUCGGGGCUCUCAACCUUCAACGGGGCCGGGACCACGGCCUGCCAGGAUACAGCUCAUGGCGAAGGUUCUGCGGUCUCUCGGUUCCCAACACAAAAUCCGAGCUGGCAGACAUCCUAGAUAGCCCAACAUUAGCUCAUAAAUUCCAGCAACUGUAUGGCACGCCGCACAACAUCGAUGUGUGGGUAGGGGCCAUUUCUGAACCGGCUCUACCCGGAGGCAGAGUGGGACCACUCUUGUCCUGCCUGCUGGCCCGACAAUUCAGAACCCUGCGAGACGGUGACAGGUUUUGGUGGGAGAGGAAGGGCGUGUUCACCAGCACGCAGAGGACACACCUCCACGCCGUCUCUCUGUCCCGAAUCAUUUGUGACAACAGCCACAUCACCCAUGUGCCCGAAGACCCCUUCUCACGCACAGAGAACCCAGACGCCCUGCUGGCUUGCUCCAGCCCACUCAUCCCUAAACUCGACCUCAGCCCAUGGAAAGAACCCCACUCCGAUCCCAAGUGCGGUCCCGUACCCAGAAUCCAGUCUGGCUACUCCUUGCUUUGCGACGCUGUGAUCCAGUAUAAGUGUCAAGCUGGUUUCAAGCUACAAGGUUCUUCAUCUAUCAGCUGUGAUGCACAAAGUCAACAGUGGAGCUCCCCACCUCCAACAUGCCACGACAUUAACGAGUGUGAGCAACCAAUUGCUGUUUGCCCACAAAAUAUGGAAUGUCUCAACCUGCCAGGUUCUUUUUCUUGCUCAGAGUUCUCCUCGCCGUCCCCCGUCUCGAUUGCAACGGCAGCCAUUGUGGUGCUCGGUGGGGUUGGCGGGAUGUUGAUUCUCCUUUACUGUUUUCGGAGGCGAGUCGCAACACUGAAAUGUAACUUGUCAUUCAUUCAUCUUCGGAACAAAUAAAUCUUUUCAUUUCAGGUGGUUGCCAAACAAACAGUCAGCCUGUGCUGGAGGUUGCCAAGGGGAAAGUUAAGCACACAUUUUAAAAAAAUAAAUAAAAAAUAUGUGCAAACUGACUCGAGCUUUCGUUGAUGGAAACGUACAGCAUGAACAAAUAGCAAAGAGCCAGCUUGUUGUUUUGUCCUUUGUGCCAUUAUGUCACCAAGCACCUACUCAAUUAUUAACAAAUGAUUUAUUGAGCUUUCCUGCAAACUGUAUGGAGAGGUCACGGAAGCAGAGCGGCGAGCUUAUAAAAAGCGAUUGGAAGCCGGAAACCACAGGCUUUACAGGAAUGUCUGAUUUUCUUUCCAUAAAGCCCCUUCGAGUGCUACGUGGCCUUGAUGUUUAUUUGCUACGCCCGUGUUAAAUUCCUGCUUCCAAACCUGUGUAACAACUGUGGGUGUGUCCCAACGGUGCUUUGUGUGGCUGUAAACAGGUCAUUCAUGGUGAUGACCGCAAUACACCAGACUCAUUCUCAUACUUCCAACUAAUCUAUUCACUACAAACUGAAUAAAAGAAAUAAAGAUAGGUACGGCAUAGUCAAACUUUAAUGGAGUGUUGGCAGUUCACUGCCAUACAAGCGAUUAUUGCACCUACAUAUUUCUUCAUUGUCACCUUCAAAAUACAGUUGACUGUUCAAAAUAAAAACUAUAAUAAUACAUAAUGAGGUAAAAUAACCAAUGCAAAA